AUGUUCAAGGAAAGUGGCCACAGGCAGAUCCCAGCAUACUCGCAGGAGGAUUCUGCCUGGGCAAGACGCCUGCGUCUGAAAGUGCGCCACACAGACGGCAGCGAAGAAUGCUACUUCAUUAAGGUGUCUGUCAAACUGGAAGGCAAAGAGGCUCUAAAGGGCGAAUUCGAGUCUACAUUAGCUAUUCACAAUAUCAACCCCAGCUUUUGCCCGAAACCCAUCGGAUGGGGCACACUCAAAACAGAUUCGAACUCCCACUUCUAUAUUUGCAACUUUGAUAACUUCACCGGCGACAUGCCUGAGCCUAUUUCUUUCUGCGGGAAACUAGCUCAGCUGCAUCUGUCUUCUCGCCCCUUGUCGCCAAAUGGCCAAUUCGGAUUCCAUUGCAAGACGUAUAACGGGAACCUUCCUCAGGAGAAUACCUGGUCCGACCGCUGGGAGCUCUUCUUUGCCGACGGAUUGCGCGACGUCUUGAAGAUUCGGCUCAAGAGGGCUGGGCGUAGCUUGGAACUUGAAGCACUCGAACCUGCGCUAUUUGACAAGGUCAUUCCCAGGCUUCUCCGACCACUUGAAAGUGGCGGACGGCAGAUACAGCCUUCGUUAGUACAUGGAGAUCUGUGGUACGGGAACGCAGGCGUCGUCUCUGGUGAUGUAGAGAAAAGCAUCAUUUACGAUCCCUCUAGCUUUUGGGCGCACAAUGAGUAUGAACUAGGAAAUUGGCGACCAAGUCGAAAUAAGUUUGCAAGCAUUUACUUUGAGGAAUAUUUUUCUCACAUCGCCCCAUCCGAACCCUUAGAGGAUUUUGAUGAUCGCAACACACUCUAUUCCGUGAAAUUUAACCUGCAGGCGGCAGCUAUAUUUCCAGAUAACGAGGAGUAUUUACAGAUGGCUAUGGACGAUAUCAAGAUGCUUGUCGCCAAGUAUCCUCAGGGGUAUCAAUAG